AGCCGUGUCGUAUCGCCGCUCUUCGGUCUUCCUCAGAUCGUCAGCUCCCACGCCGAGAGAGAAGGUCGAGGUCGCCGGUGACGAAUCGAAGCUCCGUAAACCCUACGAUCGCGGAGGUUGCCCCCGCGGCGGUCAUGGCCUCCGAUUACUUCCCCCCCUUCAUCGCGGCUCAGCUCAAUUACCUCAUCACCCACUUCCCCCAAGCCGUCAAGGUUGAGCAGGCGUGGUCUGGAAGCAGGAACUACCCCGGAGUGCUCGACCGGUUCACUCUGUGCAUCCCUUACUGCCUCGAUUACAUCAAAUGGGACAUUAUAUACAAUGCGGAGUUUCCUCUGAGUGCUCCAGACGUCGUAUUCGGACCUGAAGACGAGCAAUUUCAUCCGUUCCGGUUGACGGGUAGUGAAGGAGGAGACGAAGCCAAGCCCUUGAAGAUGAUUUUGUCUGAUUGGAGCUAUAAAGAUCCUACGCGGCUAUGUGCUCUCAUUCAAGAGCUGAGGAAUGAGUACAUUUUGUACCAGCAGAAGAGAGCCGGGGCUGUUAAUGACUAUAGGCUCAAGUUCGAGAUCAACACCAUGUUGUCUAGGGAGGGAAUCGAGAUCCAAGUGAGCUCAGGUCUUGAAAAGCCAGAGGAGGUAAAGUUUGCAGUGCCUCUGUUGGACAUGAAUAUCAACAAGAUGGUGCAUGGGUGUCCUUGGAGACACCUCCAAAAGAUACAGUUGCAGGUUGUAUAUCCCAUUGGCAAGAAAUAUACACCUCGUUUGAAAUUAAUAUCUACUACAGAGUUGAAGGCUCUAUUUUCUGUUGAAGAUGUGAAGCUCCCUACAUGGGUAGAUGGCAUGUGCAUGGCUGAAUAUCUACCUCAUCUAGAAGAAUCUCUUCAGGGGCAGAUUAUGGAAGCAGUCUCAUCAAUUGAUGUUAGAAGACACUUUAUCGAGGCAUUAGCCCCCUUGCUUGGGAGACCGCUAGAAGCUGAACCUAUUUUCUGUAGGAAAGCAACUUUUCUUGUGGCCUCUGGCGCAUUUACGUUCCAGGCCCACCUUUCCAUUCCAACCCAGUUUCCAAAGCAACAAGCAGCGCUAAUGCUGAUGAGUAAUCAGCAUUUCAAUUCCCAUCAUGCGCCGAUCAGGUCAGCUCUGCUGACGGAUUAUCCAUGGAGUCCGAGAUGGGACAUCUCCCAGAUGGCUGAGAGAAUGUUCGAUUUCUUGUUGGAUGAGGCUGUGAACUUCAAAAGGUACUGUAAUGAGAUGCAACUCUAAGGUUGAUACAGUUCCGAAGAUUCGCCCACCAAAGCCAUUCCCGUUCAUCUUGAAGAUAUGUUGAUGUGGGUAGCAUGCAUCCUGUUGCCUAUCAUAGUAGUGUAAAUUGUAUCGUCCUUCCAUUCACUGCAGCUGCACUGGAACGAUGAUAUUUUGCAGGUCUCUGUCUUUUGUUCGAUGAUUGUUGGAAAGGAUUCUUCUUUGUUUUUUGGGUGGUACAUUUGAAAAGAGCUGUAAUUGUCUCCAAUGCCUAUGCAUGCAACCUUCCCAUCUUUUGUGUAACUCGGACUUUGGGAUGAAAUUUUUGUCGAAAGGA